AUGUGGCUGCCCCUGCUUGUGUGCCAGCUUCGCCUGAUUCUGCGGAGUGAGGCCCAGACACCCAGCACUUUUUGCAACAUGCACUCAACAUUCAGACCACCAGUGAACUCAGACAUCACAGUGACCUGUGGUACUGAGGUUAUGGAGUUGAGUAUCUUGUUAUGCCCAGUCUACUUUGGUGGAUACAAUGAAACCCUGAUGGCCCUCAACGCACAGUUCAUCCUCCCCGGGUGCCAUGGAAUACCUGACUGGAACAUUGACCCACCAAUCCUGAAAUUCAAUCUGUCAAUAACUGCUGAUGCUGUGGCUGUCUGCUCCAACACAUUCAGGAUAACCAAUGAAGUUGGUACUGGGUUAUUUUCUGACUUCUCAAAUGUCCAGUUUGUUAAUAUAUCUGGCACCAUCAACUCGCUGGACCCCAGUGCAUCUAUUGUCACCUACCGCCGGCAGAUCAUCUACAUGUUCUCCUGUCGCUACCCUCUGCAGUAUCUAGUCAACAACAGUAAAGUCACAGUAUCGGGUGUGAGUCUUGCAGUGAGGGACAAUGAAGGCAGCUUUGUCAGUACACUGACCAUGUGGCUCUACAGUGACACUGACUACACUCAGCAACUCAUUGUCCCAGAGAAUGGAAUAAAUCUGAAGACCAGAAUCUUUGUGGCCGUGAAAGCCACCAGUCUAACAGAGAGGUUCCACGUUCUGCUUGACCGAUGCUAUGCAACAACAAGUCCCGUUCCCAACAACAGCACCUACUAUGACCUCUUUGUUGGGUGUACACGUGAUAGAAAAACCAGGGUUGAGUUGAACGGAGCGUCCCAGAAUGCAUACUUCUCCUUUGAGGCCUUCCGUUUCAUUGAACACAAGAACAUGACCAUCUCCACUUUCUACCUGCACUGUGUCACCCGACUCUGUGAGGUGUCCUCCUGCUCGUCCUUACUGCCCAACUGUUCAGGUUCCUCCAGGAAAAAGAGAGAAGCCCAGGGAGGGUUGGCCAACGACCAGGCCACAGUCUCCUCUGGACUCAUCAAGACCAAAGUGGACGACGGUGCGGCCAUACUGUACCAGUGGUCUUCCAACAGCUUCAUAAUUCUCAUUCCAGUCCCAGAGAAGCCCAAUGAGCCGUGUGGCUGUCAGUACUGCGGACUUGUCUUGGCUGGACUCCUGCUGUCUGUGGUCUGCCAAGAAAUGGAUAAAGAUGUGGAAGAGACCAAUGAACCUUCAAACCCACAAGAGAAAAAGGAGCUGAUGGACUUUUUGGGCACAAAAAAAGGUGCACCUGUUCCUUGUACACUCUGGGAGCCAGACAUGAGGCUGAGGUCCUUUGAGACGGUGAAGACGGACCGUCAGCUGCACUGCAGUGACACGCUGGCCCAGCUCUGUACCUCCCUCUGCUUCUCCAGUGUCAUGGAGUUCAUGAGCAACCAGCCGUCUCACUGA